AUGUUAUCUAAGCUACGUCAUCUCCAUCUAGUAACCCUAAUCGGAUACUCUGAUGACAAUGGAGAGAUGGUUCUCGUGUAUGAGUACAUGACUCAUGGUACUUUACGUGAACAUCUUUACAACACAAACAAUCCUCCUUUAUCAUGGAAAACACGUCUCCAUAUUUGCAUUGGCGCAGCCAAAGGGUUGCAUUAUCUUCACACAAGUGGAAAGCGGAUGAUAAUUCACAGGGAUGUGAAGUCCACAAACAUUUUACUGGAUGAAAAAUGGGUGGCUAAGGUGUCGGAUUUCGGUUUGUCAAAGCUUGGGUCGAAAGACCCUUCUCAAACACAUGUUAGCACGUUGGUGAAAGGUAGUAUUGGGUAUAUAGAUCCUGAAUAUUGCAAAACGAAACAUCUGACUGAUAAGUCUGAUGUGUACUCUUUUGGGGUGGUUUUGUUUGAAGUGUUGUGUGCAAGACCUGUUAUCCUUCAACACCUGAGUGGCGACCAAGUGAGUUUGGCGAGUUGGGGUAAGUCUUGUUAUAGAAGGGGAUCGCUGAAUGAAAUAAUUGAUCAAAAGCUAAAUGGUGAAAUUGCACAUGGAAGCUUAAUGAAGUUCGGAGAGGUGGCAAAUGGCUGCUUGCAUGAGGAAGGGAGUGAACGACCCUCUAUGGAGGAUGUUGUUUGGGGUCUAGAAUUUGCACUGAAGCUACAAGAGGCUGCUGAUGAAGCAAUGCAAGAAAAUCAAGAUCUUCGCCCCUUCUGA